UAAAGAGUCUUUGCAAGAGCUGUCGAUGGCUAAUCUAACCUAUAAACAAUUGCAAUGGCACGAGACAGACCUUUAAGUAGUACGACCCCAAGAUAUUGGCCAGAUGAACCCUUGCACGUGCCAUGUAUCCGCGACGAUGAGGCAUUUCCUCACUUGCUAAGCAAACUGUCCAUCUAUAUCACAGAUGCGAUUGUCUCACCGCACAGCUUCGAAGAGCUGCGGUCACCGGUCGUUGAGCAGCGGCUUAGCCCACUGAUAGACUACAUUGCCGAUUCUGUUCACAACAGAGCGAUUGUCUGUGCAUUGCUGGCACUAAAGGGCUACUUCACCGCGCUUGAAUCCGACGAAAAUCGGGGGGUCAAUUUAUCGCGCGGCUUUGCGUGCGAGUAUGUUGCCUGGAGAUUUCUCACCCAUCUAUCUGGCCGAGAGCUCAUUCAUUUCCUGUUGUACGAGCUGCCCCCGCAUGAAGUAGGAACAAGAAAUCAAGACGAAGAGGCCGGAUUGGUGAGACAAACCUCGUUACCACCGUCAGCGCAGCCGCUAGAUGGCUCCCAGCCGACGCUAUUGGACUCAUCAAUUCUUGGGCACGGCGAGGAUGUCGCGGAAAGCUCUGCAGAUGAUCACGUGCGCUCAUCUCUUUUUGAAAUAGGAGAUGGAGGCGACUUUGUCGCCUCGUUCGAUCAUCUCAAUGCGCUUGAGAUUGCGGCGGUGACCAAUGCGAAAAAAUUUCUGUCCCAACGUGUCGUUCAGAGAAUAAUCGAAAGUAUCUGGAAAGGGGACAUCGUGUUCUGGGAGACGUUAGAUGUCGGAUCGGAAAAAGAAGCCAAGAUAUAUAAUAAACGCAAGGCCGAUCCAUAUUGCCGCCUACGUGUCCCGCGAUACCUAAAAACUUUCGAAGCACUCUUUCUGAUCUCGUUUGUCAUUGUAUAUCUUGCGGUGCUUAUCCCAGUGCAACGUAAUUCUCACAGUCGGCCGCGGAGACCGGGCGUACCACCAUUGACUACUAACUAUUCUGAGAUUGAUUUGGGUUCUCCGAUUCAAAACUUUCGUCACAUCACGCCAGCAGAAAUACUUUUGUACAUCUGGCUCGUUGCUUUCGCAUAUGAUGAGUUUGGCGAGUACAUGGACGCCGGUACCGCCUUUUACACGACAGAUUUUUGGAGCUUGUGGGACAUCGGCAUUGUGGCGAUAGGUGUUGCUUUCUUCAUAACACGCAUGAUCGGACUCUCAAAAAAUUCAGAUGAAAUCAUAGGAACUGCCUUUGACAUCCUUGCACUAGAAGCAUUGUUCCUCAUUCCACGAUUAUGCUCUAUUCUCAGCCUGAAUCCGUACUUUGGAACAAUUAUACCGUGUCUACGCGAGAUGACCAAAGAUUUCUUCAAAUUUCUUAGCAUUGUUGCCAUACUAUACUUAGGCUUUCUCACGACCUUCACGUUACUUGCUCGCGACAAUUUCAGCCUUAGGGAGAUGUCCUGGAUAUUGGUGAAAGUUUUCUUUGGGUCAUCAUAUUUGGGAUUUGACGUUGCCCAAGACAUUAGUCCUGCAUUAGGCCCACCUCUGAUGCUAGUCUUUGUGACGCUCACGAACAUCCUCCUGAUCACAUCUCUUAUAUCCUUAUUGAGCAACUCAUUGACACGGAUUCUUGAACAUGCACGAGAUGAAUAUCUAUACAUCUACUCAAUCUACGUUCUCGAAGCGUCGACGUCGAAUCGGCUGACGUAUUUCCUGCCACCUCUGAAUCUCAUCCCGCUACUUCUACGUCCCCUGAGACUUUUGAUAGCGCCAGAAAAGCUGCGAAAGGCCCGGAUAUUUUUGCUUAAGGCAACUCAUGCUCCAUUUGUCCUGGCAAUUUGGUCGUACGAAGGUCUAGCCGACUAUUUUGCAGGAACACGGAAGUCCCAACCGCCAGAAUUCCCCUCCUUAGGUGGUCCUACUGAUGCAACUGCACGCAGUCUAAAGAGGUCUUCCUAUUUGAGGCCAUUCACAUCCCGUGCGCCGAUGGUGGCGGACAAUGGCCAUAAUUCCUUCAUGCGGCACAUGCGCGACAACCGCGGAAGGAAGAGUUCUCGUCCCACAACAGCUACGGCAGGCAUUGAUCCACAGGGAGAUCUCAGAGAUUUAGUUCUCAAGCUCUCUUCGCAGAUCGAAGAUCUCACAGUGAUGGUGGCCGAUCAGCAGAAGGUAAAGCAAUAUGAGGGUUGAGUAAUCUAAGAAAUGUUCCAAGUUGCCAGACACAAAACAAAGUAGCAAAGAAGUUUAGCAUACCGUAUCCAUUUACUCCCAAAUACCUAGCCUCCGAAGCACAAGCCGAACACUACCGGCCAUGGACUUGGUGUUUG